UCUAAGUAAAGAGUUAGUUUUCCCAAGGGAAAAAAAAAAUACAAGUGUAGUUAUUUCCCCCUCCUUCCUUUCCCUCUCUUGAACCAAACAUGAUAAUACUUAAAAUCUCUUCCCUCAGUUGAACCAAACACACAGAGUGAGUGACAGCAACAGCAACAUAUUUAAGCUUUGAACAAUUACAAGGAAGUAACAUAGUCAAAGCACACGAUAAGAAGAUGGAGAAAGUGUUUGUGUGACUACUGUGUAUCAGUUCCAACAUAUCUUUCUUCUAAUGGCAUCCUCCUCCUCCUCCUCCGCCGCCACCGCCGCCGUCAAUGGAUUCACCCACGACGUGUUCCUCAGCUUUAGAGGGACUGACACUCGCUACGGUUUCACUGGACAUCUGUACAAAGCUCUCUGUGACAAGGGAUUCCGCACCUUCAUUGAUGAUGAGGAGCUUCACAAAGGGGAGGACAUCACACCAUCACUUCUAAAGGCAAUUCAAGACUCCAGGAUUGCCAUCGUUGUGCUCUCGAGGAACUAUGCAUCUUCCUCCUUCUGCUUGGAUGAAUUUUCCAAGAUCGUUGACUGCUUUGAGGAAAAGGGUCAACUGGUUUGGCCUGUUUUUUAUGAUGUCGACCCUUCUGAUGUGAGAAAGCUGAGUGGUACUUAUGGAGAAGCAAUGGCUAUGCAUGAGGAGAGGUUCAAGGAUCAGAUGGAGAGAUUGCAAAAAUGGAGGAAGUCUCUGCAGAAAGUAGCUAACUUGUCUGGAUGGCAUUUCAAGCAUGGGGAUGAAUAUGAACAUGAGUUUAUUGAGAAGAUAGUUGAAGAGGUCUCACGAAACAUUAAAUGUGUUGCUUUGCAUGUUGCUGAUUACCCAGUUGGAUUGGAGUCCCAAAUCCUAGAUGUAAAUUUGCUUUUGGAUAUUGGGUUUGAUGAUAGAGUGCUCAUGGUUGGGAUCCAUGGAAUUGGUGGUCUUGGUAAAACAACCCUUGCUCUAUCAGUUUAUAAUUCGAUUGCCCACCAUUUUGAAGCUUUAUGUUUUCUUGAAAAUGUCAGAGAAAAUUCAAACAGACACGGGUUACUACAUCUCCAAAAGACCCUUCUUUCUGAAUUAGGUAAAGAGGAGAAAUUAACAAGUGUGAAACAAGGACAUAUAAUAAUUCAGCAAAGGCUCCAACAAAAGAAGGUUCUUUUGAUUCUAGAUGAUGUUGACAAUCAGGAGCAAUUGCAAGCUGUUGCCGGAAGCCCUGAAUGGUUUGGUCCUGGCAGUAGAGUCAUUAUCACGACGCGAGACAAACACCUGCUAGCAUGUCAUGGGGUUGAUAGAAAGUAUGAGGUGAGGGGGUUGCACAAGAAAGAUGCUUUUGAAUUACUCGCAAGGAAGGCCUUUCAAACUCUCGAAGUUAGUCGAAGUUAUGCAGACAUUUUAGAUCGUGCAGUAACUUAUGCUUCUGGUCUUCCAUUAGCUUUGGAAGUAAUAGGUUCUCACUUGUUUAAAAAAAGCAUAGAAGAGUGGAAAUCUGCAUUAGAUCGGUAUGAGAGGAUUCCUAUUAAAGAGAUCCAAAAGAUACUUGAAGUGAGCUAUGAUGCUUUGGACAAAGAAGAGAAGAGUGUUUUUCUUGAUAUUGCUUGUUGCUUCAAAGGUUAUAAUUUGGCAAAGGUCAAAGAAUUACUUCAUGCUCAUUAUGGUGACAACAAGGUACAUCACAUAGGUGUGUUGGUCGAAAAAUCCCUCAUUAAGAUCAGUGAGUCUGAUGUAGUGAUAUUACAUGACUUAAUAGAGGAUAUGGGGAAAGAAAUUGUCCGACAAGAAUCACCGGAAGAGCCUGGAAAACGAAGUAGGUUAUGGUUCCAUAAAGAUGUAGUUCACGUUUUAGAAGGAAAUACGGGAACGAGUAAAAUUGAAAUUAUAUGCCUGGAUAUUCCGACAUUUGAAGAAGUGGUAGAACAGAAGGGAGAGGCUUUCAAGAAGAUGGAAAAACUGAAGACACUUAUUGUUAGAAAUGCUUAUUUUUCCAAAAAAUUCAAAGAUCUUCCAAAUAGUUUAAGAGUACUGGAAUGGGACCGAUAUUCCACACCUGCAUUGGGUUUACCGUUUGAUUUUCAUCCGAAGAAAGUUUCCACAAGCAAGUUACGCUCUAGUUGCUUUACAUCAUUCAAGUCGGCAAACUUAGAGAAUAAGAAGUUUGAGAAUAUGAGAGUUUUAAUUCUUGAUAACUCUCAAACUUGGAAGAUGCCUGACGUAUCUGGCCUCCCCAAUUUAGAAGAACUCGAUAUUUCAUUUUGUGAAAGUCUUGAGAGUUUUACACCCGUUGUUGGACUGCUGGAUAAACUUAAAAUCUUGAGGGCUAACGGCUGCAACAGGCUUUGGAGUUUUCCACUUCUCCAGCUGGCCUCGCUUGAGCAACUUGAUCUUUCAUAUUGUGAAAGUCUUGGGAAUAAUCCAGAAAUAUUAGGGAAGAUGGAAAACAUAAUACAUAUUCGCUUGCAUAAAACUCCCAUGAAAAAACUGCCAUUUUCAAUUCGUAAUCUUACUCGACUUCAAACAUUAUAUCUGAGUAACUGUGGAAUUGUUGAGUUACCAAGCAGCAUUGCCCUGAUGUCAAAACUGGCUGAGCUUACCAUUGAGGAAGGGGGAUGGCUAUUUGCGAAGCAAGACAAGGGUGAAGAAUAUGUGAGCCCAAUGCAGACUUCAAAAGUAGAAGUUCUUAAUCUCUUGAACUGCAACCUUUCAGAUGAAUAUUUGGCAAUAGGUCUUACAUGGUUUGCUAACGUGAAAGAAUUAGACCUAUCUGGGAGUAGAUUCACAAUUGUUCCUGAGUGCAUCAAAGAAUGCCGCUUUUUAUGGAAGCUUGUCUUGAAUGGUUGCGAGCGACUUCGAGAGAUUAGAGAGAUUCCACCAAGCUUAAAAACUUUCUCUGCAUUGAACUGCACAUCCUUGACUUCCUCGAGCAGAAGAAAGUUAUUGAACCAGGAAUUGCAUGAGGCUGGAAACACCAAUUUUCUUUUGGCACAAUCAUGUAUUCCAAAGUGGUUCGAUCACCAGAUAAAUACACAGUCAUUUUCGUUGUGGUUUCGUAACAAGCUCCCUGCCAUAGCUCUCUACUUUAUUUCAUGGAAUAAUUCUAAAUCUGCUGUGAGAAUGAUCAUCAACGGCACUUCAUUUUUCUAUAGGGAUGGUAAAAAUGAAAUUAAGCGGCAGCUGGAAACGCAUCAUUUGCAUAUUUUUCAUAUGCAAAUGGAAAAUUUUAAUGAUAAUCUGGACAAAGCACUUGUUGAAAAUGAGUGGAACCAUGCGGAGGUUAGGAUAGAUGAUGAUACAUUCCCAGUCCUUAUAUGGGGAAUCCAUGUAUUAAAAGAGAAAACUAGCAUGGAGGAUGUUCGAUUAAAUGAUGUCAGUUUUCGUUCCGGAGGUCCUCCUAUAGAAGACUUACCAUUUUCAUUUCAAAGUCUUAGUGGGCUUCGAAAGUUAUAUCUGGUCAAGUGUGGAAAUAUUCAGUUGCCAAGUAGCAUUUGCAUGCUGCGAAAACUGACAAAGCUUUCCAUCGAAUAUGGGGGGUGGCAAUUGCUAAAACAGGACGGGGAUGAAGAAGAAGGGAGCACAAUGCGGCCUUUAAAUGUAAAAUAUCUUUGUCUCAAAAGAUGCAUCCUUUCAGAUGAAUCUUUGGCAAUAGGUCUCAAGUGGUUUGCUAAUGUUAAAGAAUUAGACCUAUCGGGGAGUGUAUUUUCAGUUCUAUCUGAAUGCAUCAAAGAAUGCCGCUUUUUACGGAAACUUAUUUUGGAUGAUUGCAAGGGACUUGAGGAAAUUAGAGAGAUUCCGCCAUGCUUAAAAUCUCUGUCUGCAUUAAACUGUGAAUCUUUGACUUCCUCGAGCAAAAGCAUGUUACUGAAUCAGGAACUUCAUGAGGCUGGAAAUACUAGAUUUCGUUUACCACGAGUAUGGAUUCCAAACUGGUUUGACCACCAAUGCAUGCAAGGACAGUUAAUGUCUUUCUGGUUUCAGAACAAGUUCCCUGCUGUGGUUAUCGGUGUUGUCUCUCCGUUGUCAUGGAAUAAUUCUAAAUCUCCUGUUAGAGUGAUCUUCAAUGGCAAUCCAUUUUUCUAUAGGGAUGGUGGGAGUGAAAAUAAGCGGCAACCAGAAACAUAUCAUUUACACCUUUUCCAUAUGCAAAUGGAAAAAUUUAAUAGUAAUCUGGACAAAGCACUUUUAGAAAAUAAGUGGAACCAUGUGGAGGUUGACUUCGAAUUCCCAUUCCAGAAAUGCGGAAUCCAUGUACUGAAAGAGAGAAGUAGCAUGGAGGAUAUUCGGUUCACUGAUCCAGAGAAUGAUAUUAAUACUGAGCUUAGUCUUUAAGACACUGCUCUGAGUCAUUGCUCUCAAGGAUUGAAUCUGAUGUUGAUAAAAUCAUAAAAGGAGAGGUGAAAGAAUAGGUUGUGUUUCUGGAAAAGUUUCUGCCUGACCGGCUAUGAAAGAAAAUGGUUUCUACUGGAGAUAUAUUGUGUACUGUUAGGCUGCUGUGCUUUAAUCACAAAUAGACUCUGAUAGACACAAGUUCAUUUGCACUGACGGAAAAAGCAUAUACCAUACUUGUUUUGGACCCACCGAAAAGGCUCCUGGAAUAACUUCUCAUGCCCCGAGGUUUGCAGAGAUGCAAAAUAUUCAGGUCGUACUUCCCACCUUCUCAACAAAGUUAGUGGAGAAGAAGUACACACCUAAAAGCUUGUUGCACUUCUUUGCCAACUAUUGAUGACUCUUUCAGAAAUCAAAUUGAUCUAAUUCAAGAUGAUGUUGAAAAUAGAAGCAUUUUAUGCUGCUUUUUCAGGUUCCCAUGGCAAAUCGUUCACUGCUCCAAGUGAAGAUGCCAUCCAGCUUUGCAAACUGUGUAAGAUUUCAUCUUUGUUGAUGCUUCAGUUUUAAUGCGCCCUGGACAAUGUAGUGCCAUGAAAACCUGCUUAGAUUCCUGCCCAAUUUGUUUGCAAAUGAUGGUAUAUCGGGUAAAAUGAGAACAUUGCUAUCAGAAGCUUCUAGGGGUGUCAAUGUUGGAGUAGGGACUACAUUGAAGCAAAUAUAGAAGUUAUAGAAGAAACUGCUGAUAGUUGAUGAGUUAAAAGCAGAUCUGGAAGCUAAGAAGUAUCAGUUGGGAAAUGUUUUGGCCUUGGAAAAUGAGCUGCGCCAAAAGUUAAUCCUAGAUGGAGAAAAGUAAGAGAAGCUAGACGAACAAAUCAAUGCCAUUGAAGGUGACAUCUUUGCUUUUGAAUCGGAAAAUAACUCUGAGAAAGUAAAGAACCUUUGAGGCUGAAUGAAACAACACCCCAUAUGCAACAUGUGCAUCACAGAAAUCACAAACAAGAACUAAAGCUGACUGGUCAGAACUCUGAAGAUUUUAAGAAGAUUGCUAGAGGCAUCACAGUGGUAUGAAGAUCUUUAUAAAUGAUUAAAAGUUCAGUCUUUACAAUUUCAAGCAGAAUGAGUUGGAGAUUCCACCCCGUGAAUGCGUAGGGAAAUGGAGCAUAAAGGUUUUUUCCUUGGUCGCCAGUUUUUCAGUAUAUGAAGUGUCCAUGAUCCAAUUUGAGCUGUUGGUAGGUUCUGUCACAAUCACAAUUGAUGGCUUGUUAUUGGAAAAUUAUUUGAACAUUAAUGCUUAAUUUCAUAGAAGUGUCUAUCGAGUUUUGAAAAUUGGUUGUGAAAUUGCUGAUGGGAGUAUUGUUUGUCUAAUUUUGGGAAAUCUUUCAAGUAGAAGGAUUUAUAAGCCAAACACACUCAGAUGGGGCUUUGAGACAAUGUUAUGUUCCAGCUAUGGAUUUUGUUCCCCAGCUUGUGGAAAACUCCUCCCAACGUCCACUGAAGUGUGAAGUAUGUAGCUGAGGGCAGCAUGUCACAAUGUCAUGAAGGAGGGAAUGGAAUGAUGCUCUUCACCCAUGAAUGCAAUAUGUUUGUUUCUUUCAAAUAAUAAGUUCACAUGUUAGUCGAUUUACAAGUGAAUUCAUCUCAUUUCUUCAACUGAUUAGUAAUAAAGAAGAAAAGAGAGAAGUGCAGAAAAUAUUUAUGCUAGUAUCCGCUUGUAAUGUGGUUGAAUACAUUGUUGAGCAAGUUAAUAUCUCUUCAAGACGGCAAGUCAUAUUGGUAUUACGAUAUUGCAACUUUUAAGCUCCAGCCAAUGAUUAAAUAUGCUAAUAUGGUACUUGUGGCUAUAAUGAUUUUGGUACUAUGUGAUAUUUAUUUUUGAAUUUGGCCUUGGAAAUGGAAAUCGCUUCAAGACUAGUAGGGUGAGAUAGGGGGCAGAACCAGUCUUCAGCUGCCACGUGAAUAGUAUUAGGGUUCAACAGUGAAAAUAUUUCACAUGACUUAAAGUUUUAUUCAGUUUUGGGCAUCAUGCUUCCUUUUCUGUUGAGAUAAUGCAGCUACGUACCCAGCUACAUUUAGGUUAAAUAUUGAAAAGGAAAUUUGUGUCUACAUUUACCCCUAUUAUGCUUGAAUGGUAGUUGCUAACUGGUAGGAUUAUCCAGAUUGUUAUUAUAAACUAGUUUAUGAGAGCUUAC